CGGAGGGGGUGCUGCUCGCCUGGCUGGACGCCUCACCCGAGGGCCGCCGAGCCGCCGCCGCCACCCCGCCGCCGCGGCUGAUGCCGGAGGAAGCGAAGUGCUUCGCGGAUUGGACCAUGAACGAGCUGCCCAAUGAUUACAGCUUCUGGCUGGAGCAGGGCAUGGACCCGGCGCACGCCAACUUCCUGCACCACGGGCUGGGCGCCUUCCGCGCCGGCAAUGCGGUGCCCAUGGAGGCGGGUCGGGUGCAGCAGGCGGAUGACGUGGCGGGCGGCUUGCGCUGGGAGCACCGGGGCUACGAAGUGAAGAACAAGGACAUGCAGGCGACGCGGGAGUUCCUGGCGCCCUUCGGAUUCAGGGUGCGGUACGACAUGCCCAACUGCAGUACGACACACAUCUGUACGUUGCAAGUUCCCGUACGACCUGGCGUGUCUCGAGUGUACUUCAAGGCUGGAGUGAGCAAACGGCAGCAGCAACAACAACCUGGUAAGAUGGAGCAAGGCCGCAGCGGUAACCCUGAAGCGACUGUUCAACCCCUGAAGGCGGCUGCCGGCGACAGCGGCAGCAGCGGCAGCGGUGUUGGCAACGGCAAGAGCGAAACAGGAGCUGCGUCCUCCGGCGGCAUCUUCGCCCUGCUCCAGAAACUGCCGCACUGGCUCAUCGACUUCCAUCUUAUUGCGGACCAAGACACGCUCAUGAUGUGCAGGCAGGAGCGGCUGAUGCGCAAUCAGGGUUUGAACUACCGCUCCUACUACCUGAACAGCCGCUCCGAUGACGGGGUGGCAGCGAUCAACCGCUGGCUCACCCGCGCCGGCUACCCGGCUAGCCUGUGGGGGCCAGGAGGAGCGGCGGCAACAGCAGCUGCAACAACAGCGGGUAGCCCGGGGGCAGGAGGAGGAGCGGCAGCAACCCAGGAGCAGGAACCGCGGUACAGCGGGCAGACGUACGGCAACUGGCCGGAUGAGGACAUGCCGAUUGAGCUGGCGCUGUCGCGGUACGAACGCCACGUACGGCACUGCGUCACCUGCCAGCAGGGGCUGCGGCUGGUGACGGGGGUGUGUACGGCACUGACGGCGGCGGCGGCGCUAGCGACGUGCGGCGUGGCGGUGAUGGCGAUGGUGGCGGGGAUGAGUGUCCAGG